UUCGCCGGUGCCGUGGAGGGCGGCGGGGAUGGCGCCACUGUGAUCUCCAACGCUCGGUCGCGCGAUCCAGCAGCUCCGGCACAGGAUUCUAGCGCCGUGCAUUGUGAUGCGCGGCGGAUCUACGAGUUUGUAGCGCAUGCACGAUCGUCAGGUGUGGCAUCGGGGAAUCGGCCCUGGCGAGGUUCCAUGGAUGCUUUUCCAGUGUCGAGGAUCAGCUCCGCGAGCACGGCAUCGACGUCGUCGUAUCGCUUCUUCCAUGGAUCGGCGGAGCUGAGGUAUUUGUUUCCAAGGUCGAGGAUCGCGGCGAGGAGUAGCCUCCAGGAGGCAACCAAGGCGGAUGAAUUGGCGAUCAACGGGACGCGCCUGGAAUCCUCCAAGCUGAACGGAAAUCCCGGCCAGGAGUUGCAAAAGGGCGGCGCUUCCUCGCUCAACACGGUGCUGGCAGCCAUAGCAGCGCUCCUGGUGGCAUCGCCCCGGCCUUACAGUCUGGCGCUGGAAUCUCAAAGGCAGGGCAGGCUCGUGGAAGGGAGGCUCGUCUAUCGCCAGACCUUCGUCAUUCGAUCGUAUGAAGUCGGGGUGGACAAGACGGCCUCCAUAGAAACACUCAUGAACCAUUUCCAGGAGGUUGCGUUAAACCACGUCUGGAUGUCCGGGCUUGCUGGAGAUGGAUUUGGAGCAACGCAUGCAAUGAUCCGGCACCGAUUGAUAUGGGUGGUGUCGAGAGUGCAUGUCCAAGUAGAGCGCUACGCUUCAUGGGGCGAUGCGAUUGAGAUCGAUACUUGGGUGGACGCGUCGGGUAAAAAUGGCAUGCGCAGGGACUGGCUCAUGCGAGACUACAAGUCGGGCCAGAUUUUGGCCAGAGCAACAAGCACCUGGGUGGUGAUGAAUCAGACGACGAGGAGGCUUUCUAAGAUGCCCGACGACGUCCGGGAGGAAAUAACUCCAUUCUAUCUCCAAAGACGCGCCAUUGUCAGAAACGUCUCGCACAAAAUCACCAAGGUCGAUGGCGCUACACAGUUUGCCCGCUCGGGUUUGACACCAAGGCAUGGAGAUUUGGACAUGAACCAGCACGUGAACAACGUAAAAUACAUCGGAUGGAUGCUCGAGAGCGUGCCUCUCUCUAUUGUUCAAGACCACGAAGUAUCGAGCUUAACUUUGGAGUACCGGCGAGAAUGCGGCCAGAAUGACGUUGUAGAGUCGAUGACCUGGGUACAACACGCAGAUUGCUUGAUCGCGGACGACAAUUUGGAAACGAAGACAGCGAACUUUGGCGGAAGUGGCGAGGAGACUGUGGAGCAGCCGCCGUGCCUGCUUCACCUCUUGCGAUUGCAGAGUGACGGCUCAGAACUCGUAAGAGGGAAGACCGUGUGGCGGAGGAAGAAAAAUCGAGAAGCCUGAUGCGUUUGUUCUUCUUUCACGUAGCCAAAAUAAAAAAGAGAGAUUUUUGGUUC